AUCCAGCAUUGCCGUUGUUCCUGAUCACGUGUCGAUGUAAGGUUAACCAAUGACACAUGUUAGAAGCGACAGCCAGUUCAACGCCAGUCAGUUGUGUCAGUCAGUCGUCAGUCGAGUAACGGUCUUCUACUUAACUGGACGUCACUUGACAUCCGACGAGUUGAGUAAUCGAAAAGUGAUGGGACGUUCACAUGUUGGAAAUUAGGCAGGAUUUAUCUUGUGUUCAAUCAGACGAUAAUAUCAUCGAGGAAAAUGCAAAAUCGAAGGACACGAUAGUGUGAUUGUACAACUCAUUGGUGUAGUUAAUUGGGAAAUCCGUUUCGCUUCAGCUUCCGCUGAAUUCUUCCGCGAAACGUUCUUGUAGUUAAAAAACACCGUUGUUGCGAGGAACGAGUUUGUUGGUUCAGUUUGGAGUGGAUGAAUAAUUGUUUUGAAUGAAAGCGUACCAACGCUUGCUCUUCAAAAGUACGGCAAGAAAUUGUUAUGUGCGAUUAACAUACUUUUCGAAUACGACUGAACGGACAAAAGCGAUUAGGAAUCACGGAACUCUAGCAAUCUGUCGUGCGGUAUCAAAGAAUUCAUGAGAGGCCAAGUAGAGAAAUAAAAUUAUCAUGGAUGGAAAAGUCAAAGCAGAAGGGAAAAAGAACCCAAGAGAAGGAGCAAAUCCUCUGAGUGUUUUAACAUUUGCGUGGGUUCUACGUACCUUUUGGAUAGGUUUCCGUAAAGAAUUAGAAAUAGAAGAUUUGUACAGACCUCUCAAGGAACACAAAAGCAGCAUUUUGGGUGCAAGAAUUUCAAAGGCAUGGGAAGAGGAAGUUCAAGCAUAUAAGAAACGAAAGCUAAAUAGUGAAAGAAAGGAAAAUGCUAGUAAAGCCUAUGAUGUGAAAAAGAAUGUGAAGAAGCCCAGUUUAACAAAAGUACUUGCCAAAUGUUUUGGUCUUAAAUUAUUAAUAUAUGGGUUACUUCUAGCCGUUAUGGAAAUUUGUCUCAGGGUACUUCAACCGCUGUUCCUUGGCAGAUUGUUGAAAUACUACAGCAGCGAUGAAAUAACAAAAUCAGAAGCUUAUUUAUACGCUACCGGGGUAAUAUUGUGUUCAGGAUUGAUAAUAUUCGUUCUUCAUCCAUAUAUGAUGGCCAUACUUCACAUGGGAAUGAAGAUGCGCGUAGCUUGCUGUUCCUUAAUAUACAGGAAAGCGCUGAAGCUUUCACGAACAGCCUUGGGUGAGACGACAGUGGGACAAGCAGUAAAUCUGUUAUCUAACGAUGUCAACAGAUUCGAUGUAUCGAUUAUAUUUUUACAUUAUUUAUGGAUCGGGCCUCUUGAGACAAUUAUUAUUAUGUACUUCAUGUACAGAGAAGUUGAAGUAUCCGCCGUUAUCGGAGUCGCAACACUUUUGAUGUUCAUACCCUUACAAGGGUAUUUGGGUAAGAAAUCCUCAGUUCUGAGAUUAAAAACUGCUCUAAGGACUGACGAAAGAGUUCGUUUGACGAACGAGAUUAUUAGUGGUAUUCAGGCGAUUAAAAUGUACACUUGGGAAAAGCCAUUCAGCGCUCUGGUUGACAAAGCAAGAAGGAAGGAGAUCUCCGUUGUUCGAGGCACAUCUAUAAUUAGAGGUGUUACUAUGUCUUUUAUCAUAUUCAGUACCAGAAUGUCACUUUUUGUUACUAUAUUGGCGUACGUGUUGUUCGAUCGCAAAAUAACUGCCGAAAAAGUGUUCAUGUUAACGGCGUACUAUAAUAUUUUACGUCAGACUAUGACCGUAUACUUUCCACAAGGGUUAACGCAGGUAGCGGAGGCGCUAGUCUCCAUAAAACGUCUGGAAAAGUUUAUGAUGUACGAUGAGACUGAACCGCAACAGGAGAAGAAAGAAAGUGAAAAAGAAGAUUUAAAUUCGGAAAAGAGCAAGAGUAAUGUUAACGGUGUAAUCAAUGACAUGAACAACGAUAAAAAUGAUAUAAACCAUGGGCAAGAAGAUUACUGCGUUUCCUUAAAGAACAUGAGCGCGAAGUGGUUGAUGGACGAAGAAGAAGAGACGUUGAAGAACAUCAACAUCAAAGUAAAACGGGGCGAGCUGCUGGCUAUCGUUGGGCAAGUUGGCGCCGGGAAGAGUAGUUUACUUAAUGUCAUAUUAAAAGAAUUGCCUGUUCACGCUGGCUCUAUGAAAAUAAACGGCAAACUGGCGUACGCUAGUCAAGAACCAUGGCUAUUUGCCGGUUCGGUCAGGCAAAAUAUCCUGUUUGGGAAGAAGAUGGAUCAGUUCCGGUACGAUCGUGUGGUAAAAGUUUGUCAAUUAAAAAGGGACUUUAGCCUGCUGCCAUAUGGCGAUAAAACGAUUGUCGGUGAACGAGGUAUUAGCUUGUCGGGGGGACAGCGUGCUAGGAUUAAUUUAGCCAGAGCGGUGUACUCGGAAGCUGAUCUGUACUUAUUCGAUGAUCCUCUGAGCGCUGUGGAUGCUCACGUGGGCAAGCACAUGUUCGAAGAAUGUGUAGACAAGUACUUACGGGGGAAGACUAGGAUCCUCGUUACGCAUCAGCUACAGUACUUACGUAACGUCGACAGGAUAAUCGUUUUAAAGGACGGAAAAAUAGAAGCGGAAGGUACUUAUGAUGAACUACUGACAAUGGCGAUAGAUUUCGGACGGUUGGUGGAGAAUCAAGCACUCGGAGAAGCGGAACGAAGAGCCUCCGUCGGUGUUCCGAGCAGAAGCAACUCACGGAAUGCCAGUAUAACAUCUUUGAGUUCACACGCGAGUGCCGCCACGGAGAUGAUUGAUCCGGUUGAGGUGGCCGAGACACGCACGAAAGGGAAGGUUUCCGGCGAUGUAUACGCGGGAUAUUUCACAGCCUGCGGGAAUUGGUGGGUUGUAACUGUAGUUCUCUUGCUGUGCAUACUAGCGCAGCUGGCAGCUAGUGGUGGUGACUUCUUCAUCUCUCAAUGGGUCAAUAUGGAGGAGAGAUACGUAACAGAACUGCCAAAUGGUAAACUUGAAAUGGACUGGCAAAGUCCCAUAAGCCGUGAGCUUUGUAUAUACCUGUUCAGUGCUUUGACCGUAUUCACGAUCGUAAUCACCUUAACGCGUUCGUUCACCUUUUUCAUAGCGUGCAUGAAAGCGUCUAUUCGGUUGCACGAUCGAAUGUUUCAAUGCAUUAGCCGCGCAACGAUGCGUUUCUUCAACACGAACACAUCGGGUCGCGUUUUGAACAGAUUCUCGAAGGAUAUGGGUGCGAUAGACGAGAUGUUACCCACUGCGUUGAUCGACUGUAUACAAAUUGGACUCUCUCUUCUUGGAAUAAUAGUGGUGGUCUCUGUGGCUAAUCCAUGGCUACUGAUACCCACAGUGGCCAUAGGAGUAGUCUUCUACUACAUACGUGUGUUCUAUUUGGCGACUAGUCGCAGCGUGAAACGCCUCGAAGGAAUCACUCGAUCGCCGGUAUUUGGACACUUGAACGCGACUCUUCAAGGGCUGCCAACGAUACGCGCGUUCGGAGCAGAAGAAAUUCUGACGAAAGAAUUCGAUCAUCAUCAAGACUUGCACUCGUCCGCGUGGUACAUAUUCAUAGCGUCCUCAAGGGCAUUCGGAUUGUGGCUCGAUUUCUUCUGCGUUGUUUACAUCACCUUGGUCACAUACAGCUUCUUGAUUUUGGGAGACAGCGCAGUGCUCGGUGGUAACGUGGGCCUGGCUAUAACGCAGAGUAUUGGGUUGACGGGUAUGUUCCAGUGGGGUAUGCGGCAAAGUACUGAGUUGGAGAAUCAAAUGACGUCCGUUGAACGUGUCUUAGAAUAUAGUAAAAUAGAGAGCGAACCGCCGCUCGAGAGUGCUCCGGAUAAAAAGCCCAAGGAUGAUUGGCCCGACGAGGGUAGCGUUGAAUUCAAAGAUCUGUCGUUGAGGUACGAUCCCGCGGAGCCUGCGGUGCUGAAGAACCUGAACUUUCUGAUUUAUCCUCACGAGAAGAUAGGAAUUGUUGGGAGAACAGGAGCCGGAAAGUCUUCCUUGAUUGCGGCUCUGUUUCGCCUGGCGGAUCUCGAGGGCGUGAUCAAGAUAGAUGGCGUGAAGGCCAACGAAAUCGGUCUCCACGAUUUACGUUGCAAGAUCAGUAUAAUCCCCCAAGAACCGUUCUUGUUCUCGGGCACGUUGAGGAGAAACUUGGAUCCAUUUAACAACUACAACGACGACGUGCUCUGGCAGGCACUGGAAGAAGUUGAACUAAAGGAAAUGGGCCUGGAGGCUCACAUCAACGAAGGCGGUUCUAAUCUUAGCGUGGGUCAGCGACAGCUCGUGUGUCUAGCACGCGCUAUCGUCAGAAACAAUCCGAUUCUUGUUCUCGACGAGGCUACAGCAAACGUAGAUCCACGUACCGACGAACUGAUCCAAAUAACUAUACGGAAAAAGUUCGCCAAAUGUACAGUGUUGACCAUCGCGCAUCGACUUAACACUGUUAUGGAUAGCGAUCGUAUUCUAGUGAUGGAUGCUGGCCUCGCAGUGGAACUCGACGCGCCUCACGUGUUAUUACAAAAGAACGAUGGAUACUUAACUAGUAUGGUGAACGAGACUGGACCGGCGAUGGCGGAAGCCUUGAAAGAAGUGGCUCGUGAAAGUUACCAGAAUCGUACUUCGACUGCCCUUUGAUCAUUUUUCUAGUGAAAUUCAUUAAUUUUCAAUGUUGGACUCCACAUUGAGUCGCAUCGUAUUUAUAGGUUACAAUACUUUAUAAUUUUAAGGAAUAGUCCUUUUGUACGAAUAUUCCCGAGGAUUCCCCAGUAAUCGAAGCACGCGAUUGUGUUGUUUCAAUCAAUUACAUCAGAAGUAUCAUCACUGAUCGUAAUUCGACAUUCUUCGAGUACUUCUCCCGCGACCGAACGCGUCGCGUUCCUGGAUACACAGUAUUAUUACGUAGACCUUUUGUAAACCAGUCCGAUAUAUUUUUAUGCAGAAAACUGUUGCCUUGAAAAGCCGCCGCAAGCCUUUGUAUACUUAAAACGCGUCGCGUCUUACUAUUUUUGUAUACUGCAGAGGUACACAUGCAUACAGCACACAGUUAAGGGACCGUUUUUCACUUAAUCGAGAAGUGUGUAAAACGCAGGAUGCUCGUUUCCUCUUGAUCCUGCUUGUCGGUGCUAUAAGUACAAAAAUUUGUGUAUCGUUUCAAAGAACAGAAUGUGACGUUACUUCCUAAGGACAGAAUCAGUUUGUCCGAUAUAUACUAUGUCGAAACAGUUUUUAUUAAAACACCGAUGUACUUGACCUAUGUACAUAUAUUAAUAGUCGAACGAUUCGCGAGUUCGAAUUUGUCGAUUACUAUCGCGCUCGCAACUCACGCAACCUUGUUAAUAUUGACACAGUCGCGAAAUACGCUUAAUCGGUGCAUGCGUGUGCGUAGCGCGUAAUUAACGAGAUCCGCGCGUGUGUGUGUGUGUGUGUGUGCGUGUUUUUCAAACGCGAGCAAACACUUGGCCAGUUUGUACUGCGCGUUAUCGAAAGAGUACACAUUUUCGUACGCAACAUUCGAGUGACUUACCCGUCUCUCAUAUGUGUUAAAUGUCACACGGUACACUAUCUUCUUACUCGUCGUACAAGUAAGCGUGUAUUGUACUUUUAGGUGAGAAAAACAAUUGCCUUACGUACAAGUGCCUAUGUAAUUUAAUUAUUAUGAAACGAAACAAAAAAAAAAUAUAUAGAUGGCGGAGCAUUAUUUGCGUUACAAAAAACCGCGCGGUAUUUGGGGGACGUUUAUUUCACACCGGUUCCUGGAACCCCCGUUUCCCUCGAUCCCACACGUCGCGGGCGUUACGCAACCCGUUUACCAUUCGGUCGUCUGAAAAAUGAGCGGCAGUGGUUUUCAUACGGGAGUUUGCGAAAUGUACUUUAUUUCAUACAGAUUUCAAGUAAGAAAAGAAAGUAAACAGACACCGACGGCUCUCUCCGGAAAUAUAAAUA